AAGGUAGGUCACCCAGGUCAGUUGCUCACGCGUCAUUGCAGCAGAGCUUAGUGUGUGCCUUGGGUUUCAGAAAAGGACUUAAUUUUUUUUGUAUAACUAACUCAACGAACCGAACAGAAAAAAAAAUGAACAAAUUAAUUAUCGGUGCGGCUAUUUUCGCAAUAGUUCUAGGUCUCGCCUACUGUCAGUCUACAGUUUACUCCACUGACACAUCGGAGGGUCAUAUAAAACAAUUGAUAUACGAGGCUAAGCAGAGAUGUAGCCAUUGCCAAGACACUGCCGACAAAGUUUUAUCAAGAACUCUCAAAAGUGACAUUUGCAGUGCUGUAAGUACUUAUGCUUUAUGCACUAUUGCGUGUAUAGAUAAUCCAGUAUCAAACCAGGUUUCGGAUGCCAAGAAAAUCUGCAAUGGAUCUCCUGUAUUGCAAGUGUCCAUCUUUGUACUGAUUUUCUCAGCUGCAGCCAAAUAUUUGUUCUGAAAUUUUCGAAAUUUGACCUUUAAUUCUCCACGCUAUGCAAAUAAAAUUUUAACACAUAAAUAUAACUAAUUUUUAUGAAGAAUAUAUCACUGUUGCAAUCAUAAAUCCUCACUAGAACCUAAUAGUUCAAAAGAAAACUCUACCAGCCAAGGGUAGUAACUUACGUUUACAUUUUAUUACUUAUUUCCUUAUUUUGCAAAAAAAAGAAUCCUAUUCUGAACAAACAAAAUGUGAUUUCAUUUUUUAAAAUGGUAUUUUUAGAUAAUCAAGGGAAAAAAUGUCUACCCAAUGUUAAACUCUAGGACAGAUAUCCUAGCCCCUGCUUACGAAGAAAUAAAAACCACAUAUUGUAACUUAUGUGACUCUAGAUGAUAAGUAAGAUACUUAAGCUGACAUAUCAUACAUGCAAACAAACUACUGACGACUAUAAGCGCUUUUUUGCUGAUUCUAUUUCUUUUUUGUUUUAAAUCUCUGAGAUGUCCAUGAUAACGUUGUGUGUAUGCAUUCAUUUCAUGCAAUCGUUGGAUGUUAUCUGAUAAACUUUUUAAAAAUUUCAUAUUAAAAUCUCAUUUUUUUAAAGUCA